UAAUAAAGGGCUAAUCAAUUAUUAGCCAUUUAAUUUAUUCCUCAAACAGUAACUUAACCGCUGCAAAAAUAAGCCGCUGUAAAUAGACGCAAAUCCUGUAAAUCAGUUCGCACCAGUCGGCGCCCCAUAAGCUAAAGCGCAUGACUGUGUGUGUGCCUGCGUGGGAAAUCACAUAUCACCGAUCAAUGGAAGUUAACCAAGCCAAACCCGCCUGGCUGUCAGUGCGUGGACGUCUGUAGCCUGCGGACCGCGGAUGUUGAUUUCGCUGACCUCCAGGCUUUAUCUUCAAAGUCUUUAAGGACAACCAUUUGUGAUUCCAGCGACCUUUGACCCUUGACUCCAAAGCAGUGAUGGGACGUAAACUGGACCUGUCUGGUCUGAGCAAUGAUGAAGCAGAGCAUGUGCUCAGAGUGGUACAGAGAGACAUGCACCUCCGUAAGAAGGAAGAGGAGAGGCUCAGUGAAAUGAAGCAGGAGCUGGAGGAGGAGGGUAGUCGCUGUUUGCUUCUGUCCAAGCAGCACAAGUUCAACGAGCACUGCUGCAUCCGCUGCUGCUCUCCCUUUACCUUCCUGCUCAACCCCAAGCGCCCGUGUCUGGACUGCCACUACAACGUCUGCAAAUCCUGCCGCACCUACAGUCAGAGCGAGAGGGGCUAUAUCUGCGCCGCCUGCCAAAAGAGCAGGCUAUUGAGGACACAGUCCCUAGAAUGGUACUACAAUAAUGUGAAGAGUCGGUUUAAGAGAUUUGGCAGCGCCAAGGUGCUGAAGACCCUCUACAGGAAACACAUCAUUGAAAGAGGAGCAUUAUCUGAGUUACCAGAGGUGAGUGCUCAAGAAGGCAGUAAUGAUAAUGGCAGUGUUUGUGAUGGCAGUGACUCCACGCUCUACAGGCAAAGUGAAGGUCACAGCAUGGCAGACACGCUCACCGUUGCUCUACGUGUGGCAGAAGAGGCGAUAGAGGAAGCCAUUGCUAAAGCUGAGAGCUACAGAGACAGUCUGGAGAAACAGAAUGAGGCUCGCUAUUUGCGUGACCACAAGGAAGAACUUAUAGAGGAACUUGCCACAACAAUUGUUCAAAAAAUCAUUCAGAGGGGAAAACGGUCUGAGAUUCAGGCUGAGUAUGAGUUUGUAUGGCCUCAGAGUAGUGAGCUUCCUUCCCCUACCUCAACACAAAACACACACACAACGCAGCAUUCACACUCCACCUCUCAGCACGGCGCAGUAGCACAGACUGACAGUACCAGCUCCUAUCCGCUGUGGAAGUCAAGAUCAGCAUUCUCUUUGACAAGUGACGAUUCUCCAGAGAAGGGCCCUGAGGUGGGCAUGGCCCCAGGGGUCCCGGACAGCACUGAAGUAGAGACCGCUUUCCAGAACUACUCCUCACUCAGGAGGGAGUCCAGAGCAUCAUCACUUCCUGGGUGGAAGAGUGUUGACCGCCUGGACAACUCUAGUGCGUCUUCAGUCCUGCAAUCCCCUGAUGGUAACUGGAUCGCCCUGCAGAGCUCCCAGCAUUCCCGACCUAGUCUGCUGACCAAGCGCAAGAGUCUUGUUUUCAGCGUGCUGGAGAAAGAAUCAGGCGUUGUGUCCGCGUAUGACGAGAUGGGCUCUGAUUCAGAUCCAGAGGACCAGGGGGGCUGGGGGGCUGCCCUGUUACAGUUUCGCAGACGUCUCUCCGAUGAAACGUACUAUACUGACUCUCAACACGACCCUGAAUGGACAUACACCCAACACCCACCCGUUACCUCACCUUCCUCAGGUCAGUACACCAACACAGAGACUCUGAACUCAGACUCGGAGACGUCUCUUGCCCCGUCCACUCGAGCCCGCAGACCAGCCCAUGGUAUGACGCAGAAGAAGAAAGGGCCGCCUGAAGCACACCUGUAUCCACCCUACAGACAUCCCGCAAACAGUGCCACUUCGCCUCUACUGAGGCCAGAGGUGCUGGAUGUGAACUUUAACCCCCAUCUGGGAGGGGACAGUAGUGACGGGGAGGAGCAGAGCGAGCAGGUCAAAAGAUCACGGAGGCGCAGAAAGAGCAAACGCGAGACACCAGAGCACAGCCGAGCACAUAAUGCGCUUUACAGCGCUGCCACAGUGGAGAACAGUGCCGUCCUCCUCAAUGCCAUGAUGAUGCGCCGGCAACAGAGCCAGGAGAGCCCAGUCCCCCUGAAUUACCAGACUCCAGACACUGUGACCCCUCCUGACCUUUUGACCUCUGAUGCCAUGACCCCUGAACCUGACUAUCAGAACACAGUGGCUCACAACUCUAGUGCCGCUAGCCCACCAAUGCUGAGCCAACCGGGGGCCAGCAAACCAGAGUUAAGCAUUCAGGGCCCUUUGCUCAGGGGCUCCUCUGUUAAUGAAACCCUGGAACAGGAACUGAGAUCCAAACUCUGUGAGCUGGUUGGCCAAGUCAACGAGAGGGAUGUGAUGUUAUCUGAUUUUGAGUCCAUCAGGGAAGUGGGCGACAAGCAAGAGGACAGAGUAAGGGAGAGAGAAAGUGAGAAACUGAGACCAAAGGAGAGACGUGAGAGCAAACGAGACAAGAGGGAAGGAAAGUCGAAGGACAUUGGGAAUCCGAGUGAAAGACAAACAGUUAGAGAGAUGGACACAAGUGAUGCAGUAAGACAGAUAAAUAUAGCAAGAGAAAUGAAGAGAGAUAGAGAGCGACAGAAAGAAAUUGAAAGACAAGUAGAGAGAGAGCAAGAGAGACAAAGAGAGCUGGAGAAACACAUUGAGAGGGACAGAGAAAGACAACGAGAGAUUGAGAUCCAGGUUGAGAGGAAACAGGAAAGACAGAGAGAAAUGGAAAUACAGCUGAAACAAGAGCAAGAGAGACAAUCAGAGAUUGAGCGAGAGAUAGAAAAGAAAAGGAAAAGCAUACGCAUGGAAAAAGAGAAAUUAGAGUCUAUAGUGACUAUGGAAUUCAAGGAGGAAGAGAAACAGGAAUCCUCAGGUAGAAUAUUGGAGCGAAAUAAGAGUUUGAAGGAAGACUAUGAUGAAACCGAGAAGCCCAAUGAGGAAAAGGUGAAGAGAAUAUCACCACAAAGAAGCCACUCAGAGACACGGUCAGAAAAACAAGAACAACUUGAGACAAAGACAACAAGGUCUUCAACCACGUCUCCUGACAGUGCCCCCUGUGGUCUGGAGGAGCCAAUGUCUCCAUCAGAGGAGGGUCUGAGUGACCGUGCCCUACAGCAGAGGCUUCAGUUACUCUCCUCUCUCUUACAGCAGAAGUACUCUGCUACAUCUUUAUGCAGCAUCACCACAGAGGUUCUGAAGGUUCUGAAUGCCACAGAAGAAUUACUUGGAGAGGCAGAAGGCAAAGGUCAUGAGUCUUCUCCGGCUAGCACACCCAUGUCCUCAGGCCCAGGCAACAGGAAGCUGGACCAGCACCUCACUAAAAUGGAGGAAAAUGUGUAUUUGACUGCAGGUGCUGUGUACAGCCUAGAGGGGGCGCUGAGUGACUUAGAAGACUGUGCUCGCAGCAUCAGCAGCUCCACCACAGAGACUGAACUGGCCUUCCUAGAAGAUCAGGUGGCCACUGCUGCUGCCCAGGUGCAGCAGUCCGAACUCCAGAUCUCAGAUAUUGAGGCAAGAAUAUCAGCCCUCAAAACUGCAGGUCUAAAUGUAUCUGCAUGCACACGGUUUUCCAAGUACAAAUCUAAACCUAUGCCCCAGACGCUGGACUCGUCUCGCCAUCAGAGGAGAAAGCUGCCUGCUCCUCCUAUCAGAAGUCUGUCAUCAGAAAUGGAAGUCAAAUCUGAGCCACAGAUGAGAUCUAUGAGGCUGUGACAAGAGGCCAUGUGACCUCAGUGAUUCUCAGAUAAGCUGUAUGGCUCAAUAUCACUCCGCAGUGAAUGCUAGGACCAUCAGGCUGUUCCACACCAGUGCCUUGAUGCAACUUCCGGUCCUCCAAUUUGAUCAGCCCUAAUGCUACUUGUCGACCCUAAGCCUGAUCACAACCCAUGUAGGGUUGAUCUCACUUCUGACCCCUAGGACUCUACCAAACCCUGGAGCUCAUCACCUCCAGUAACCAGGGGACCCGAUUCUCUCUCUCUCUCUCUCUCUCUCUCUCUCUCUCUCUCUC